AUGUCGGACGAAGGCGGUGUAGCUGAAGCGGCGGCGUACUGUGAGCCGGGCGGGCUAGGGCUCGAGUUCCAACGAGUAUACACGCAAGGGCAUGGUUACAUAGCACUCAUCAUCUGCCUGCUCGGCUCCGCUGCCAACUCCGUCAACAUCGCUGUACUCAGUCGGAAGGAGAUGAUUUCUUCCACCAACUCCAUCCUCACAGGACUCGCAGUCGCAGAUCUCCUCGUCAUGCUUGAUUACAUCCCGUUUGCAUUCCACGUCUACAUCAACAUAUGGACCGAUUUAAAUAGGAACUCUUAUGGAUGGGCUGUUUUCGUCUAUUUCCAUUCAAUAUUCAGUCAAACUUUCCAUACGAUAUCUAUUUGGCUGACAAUAACGUUAGCAGUGUGGCGAUUCAUCGCGAUCAAAUUUCCCCAAAAAAAUCGGACUUUAUGUAACAAACAGAACACUAACAUCGCCAUUGCCGUGGCUUAUGCCGUUUGUCCGAUAUUAUGUCUUCCUAUUUAUUUUGCUAUGUAUAUUAAAGAAGUUCAUCCGAAUAAUGCGAGUGUGAACGGCACAUUAAACAUUACAGAUCUGAUGAACACAUCUACUACGGUGGAUAGUGAACCGAUAUAUUAUGUGAUACACAUGACGGAUAAUAAAAGUUUGCUGACAGCGAUAUUUUGGAUUUACAGUGUAUUUAUAAAACUUAUACCAUGUGUGGUGUUGUCAAUUUUAAGCGUGCUUCUAAUAUUAAAAAUGAAAUCGAGUGACAGAAGGAGACAAAAGUUGCUGAAGAAAUCAACAAUAACAGCCAACGAGGGGGAGAAGACGCGGCUGAACGAGGAUGGGGGGAAGAAGGGUGGCGGGGGACGUACUGACAGAACUACAAGGAUGCUGGUGGCAUUAUUAGGCCUGUUUCUUGCCACAGAGCUACCACAAGCGUUGUUUGGUCUACUGACUGCCAUCGCGCCGCAACUCUUCGAGAUUUGUUACUACGCAUUUGGUGAAGUGAUGGAUCUGAUGGCCUUGGUGGGAUCAGCAGUAAACUUCGUGUUGUACUGCAGUAUGUCCCGCCAGUUCCGCUCCACGUUUACCAGGCUGGCUCGUAAGGUUCUGCCAUUUCCAACGCGUGGAGACGCUCAACCUCUCACAUCUGCAAAUACGUAGCAUUCCCGAGUACCUGCUACUUCGGUAGUGUAUCUGUGAAUAUC